UUUGUCAGUUAGUAAUUUAAUGUGAAUGAAGAUAUAGUGCCCGGUUCCUAACUUUAGCGACUGGGUUAUUGAGUUUCACGAUGAAAGAGAUAUACUUAGUGGCCAUUUUAUAUGUGGCUACGUUGAGCGUUGCGCUUAACAUAUCAUCGGUGACUGAUUUUCCGACAGAAUGUCCAGCAGAGUCACAGGAUAAAAUAAUUUAUUUGCCUUAUGAAAAUGACUGUACGAAAUUCUACAGUUGUUAUAUGGGAAUAAAAGGAGAGCCACAAGAUUGUCCUUUCAGGGAUAAUAAAGGUAACAGAUUGCACUUCAAUCCUGUACUGCAGGUAUGUGAUUGGCCCAGGAGUGCAGGAUGUAAGCUAUCGAAGCCAACGUCAGCUUCAAUAACGCCGAAAAGUCCUCCGACAUCGUCGAGUUCAUCAUCUAGUUCUCCGCCAACAGUUUCAUCAAAUUCUCCGAUAUCGCCAACGUCGUCGUCUAAUCCUCCAACGACAACUUCAUCAUCAAGUUCUUCGACAUUACCGACAUCAUCGUCCAGUUCUCUUCCGACGACGACUUCAUCAAGUUCUCCGACAUCGUCUAGUCUUCCAUCGACAAUUUCAUCAGAUUCUCCAACAUCGCCGACGUCCAAUCCUUUUCCCUCGACAACUUCAGCAUCAAGUUCUCCGAUAUUGCCAUCGUCGUCUAGUCUUCCUCCGACAACGACUUUAUCAAGUUCUUCAACAUCGUCAACAUCGUCAUCCACUUCUUCUCCUGAGACAACAACUUCAAGUUCUCCGACAUCGCUGACAUCGCCGAUAACUCCAAGUUCUCCGACAUCGUCGUCUAGUCUUCCUCCGACAACGACUUUAUCAAGUUCUUCAACAUCGUCAAUAUCGUCAUCCACUUCUUCUCCUGAGACAACAACUUCAAAUUCUCCGACAUCGUUGACUUCACCGACAACUCCAAGUUCUCCGACAUCGUCGUCUAAUCCUUCGACAACGACGACUUCAUCAAGUUCUCCGACGUCAUCUAGCCCUCCAUUAACAACUUCAUCAGAUUCUUCAACAUCGCCGACGUCGUCGUCCAGUCCUUUUCCUCCGACAACUUUAUCAUCAAAUUCUCCAGCAUCAUCGACAUCGCCGUCUAGUUCUCCGUUGACUUCAUCAUCAAGCACUCCGAUAUUGCCGUCGUCGUCUAGUUUUCCUUCGAUAACGACUUCAUCAAGUUCUUCGUUGACAUCAUCAUCUAGUUCUCCUAUUCCGACAACAACUUCAAGUUCUCCAACAUCGCUGACAUCCAAUUCGCCGACAACUCCAAGUUCUUCGACAUUGUCGACAUCGUCGUCCAAUCCUUCGACAACGACAACUUCAUCAAGCUCUCCAGCAUUGCCGAGUAGUUCUCCAUCGACGAUUUCAUCAUCAAGUUCUCCAAUAUUACCAACAUCGUCGUCCAGUCUUUUUCCGACAAUGCCUUCGUUACCAAGUUCUUCGAUAUCGUCGACUUCGACAACGAUUUCAACAGCAAUCUCAGCAACAACUACGGAAAUCUCUGAAAAACCUCGCAUGCAGUGUCCUUCCGAAAGCUCAACUGAAACAGUGCGGAUUGCCCAUCAAUGCCUAUGCAACGUAUAUUAUGAAUGUAUCAACGGUGACAAGAUACGUCAAACGUGCCCGAUCGGCAUGCAUUUUGAUUAUGAACGAGAGGUUUGCGAUUGGCCCGAAGCAGCAAACUGUGUCCAUUCUAUUUCGACUCAAAAUUUUCUAAUUGACAGAUAUGAAAAUAAAUGCUAUCAAGAAGGCAAAGCAUUUCAACACGAGAUUGAUUGUUCAUCAUAUUAUUUAUGUGUUGAGGGUAACAAAAUUCUGAAACAUUGUAUGGCGGGACUUCACUUCAACGUUACUCUCCAGAUGUGUGACUAUCCGACAAAAGCAAGUUGCGACUUCAUUGUUACGUUCUUGCCUGCGGCUAAUCCGGCAUCUUGUUCUUCUUCGAAUUCCACAGAAAAAGUACUGUUACCUCAUGAAUGUAAUUGUGCCCAAUAUUAUGAAUGUAUUAAUGGAAACCUACUACUUCAAGAUUGUCCGAAUGGUUUAGAUUUUGAUCGUAUUCGGAAUACUUGCAGUCAACCGAAUGAUGCUAAAUGUCCAUAUGUUUGUCCUUGUGCAAGUUCCACAAAAAAAGUAUUGUUGCCCCAUGAAUGUAAUUGUGGACAAUAUUACGAAUGCGUUAGGGGACAGCCAGCUCUUCGAAAUUGUCCAAAUAAUCUACAUUUUGAUUAUAUUGAGAAAAUUUGCAAGUCUUCGAAUGAAGCCACUUGCGCAACCAGUACUAAACCAACAACAACAAGCACAGAUUCAACAGUAACUGAUACAACAAUUACAGGUUCAACAGUAACUGAUACAACAAUUACAGGUUCAACAGUAACUGAUACAACAAUUACAGAUUCAACAGUAACUGAUACAACAAUUACAGGUUCAACAGUAACUGAUACAACAAUUACAGGUUCAACAGUAACUGAUACAACAAUUACAGGUUCAACAGUAACACCUACAGGAGGUCCUGAAACCCCACGACAAAAAUGUCCUCCUAAAGGAUCAACCGAAAAAGCACGGAUUGCUCAUCCUUGGGUAUGUUACUUGUAUUACGAAUGCGUAAAUGGUAAUAAGGAAGAACGAAUGUGCCCGAUCGGCAAGCAUUUUGAUUACAUACAAGAGGUUUGCGAUUGGCCUUGGAAAGUGAACUGUAUGCGGCCAAUUCCAACACAUGAUAUGUCGAUUGACGACUGCCAUAAUAAAUGUUCUCCGGAAGGCAGAACAUUUCGGCACGAAACCGAUUGCUCCUUAUAUUAUUUAUGUUCCAACGGUAAGAAAAUUUUGCAACAAUGUACAGCAGGACUCCACUUUAAUAUUACUCUUCAAAUAUGCAAUUAUCCGUAUAAGAGUUGUGAUCUCCCUGAUAAUACUUAUUCAACAAUUACUCAAAAUGUUUGCCCUUCAAAUUCUACAGAGAAAAUACGUUUUCCUCACAACUGUAAAUGCACGUACUAUCAUGAAUGUGUUAAUGGAAAGAAGAUUCUUCAUAAAUGCCCGGAAGGUCUGCAUUUUGAUAUCGUUCAGAAAACUUGCAACGAUCCAUAUAAGUCCGGUUGCGCUCCUACGUUCCCAAAAUCCACUCCCAUGCCCAUUAUUUCCACCACAAAAUGGUCUAAAGAACCUGAUAAAACAACGACUGAAAAUCCAUUAGACCCGUCUAAAUGCAUCGGUACCUGCCCUGAAAUAGAUCCUCCGAAAGUAGUGUUACUUCCUAAUGAAGAUUGCAAAAAGUUUUGUAUGUGCAGCAACGGUAUUGCGUGGGUUCAACCUUGUCCUGAACCUCUUUAUUUCGACUCCAAAGAUACAGUCUGUAAAAAUAAGAGAGACGCUGUUUGCGGCAAACGUUUAUUCAAUCAAGAUCGCGUAUCCAUGCAUCAUAGAAUGUUCAAUGAGAAUUCGUUGCAGUCUCCGAAAAAAGAGAAUAACGAUGACCAAGGGAUACAUGACAAUUCUUUGUCUAAACACAUCUAUAAUUUUGAUGAUAAAACAACGACUGAUAAAACAACGACUGAAAAUCCAUUAGACCCAUCUAAAUGCAUUGGUACCUGCCCUGAAAUAGAUCCUCCGAAAGCAGUGUUACUUCCUAAUGAAGAUUGCAAAAAGUUUUGUAUGUGCAGCAACGGUAUUGCGUGGGUUCAACCUUGUCCUGAACCUCUUUAUUUCGAUUCCAAAGAUACAGUCUGUAAAAAUAAGAGAGACGCUGUUUGCGGCAAACGUUUAUUCAAUCAAGAUCGCGUAUCCAUGCAUUAUAGAAUGUUUGAUGAGAAGAAUUCGUUGCAGUCUCUAAACAAAGAGAAUAACGAUGACCAUGGAAUACAUGACAAUUCCUUGUCUAAACACAUCUAUAAUUUUGAUGAUAAAACAACGACUGAAAAUCCAUUAGACCCAUCUAAAUGCAUUGGUACCUGCCCUGAAAUAGAUCCUCCGAAAGCAGUGUUACUUCCUAAUGAAGAUUGCAAAAAGUUUUGUAUGUGCAGCAACGGUAUUGCGUGGGUUCAACCUUGUCCUGAACCUCUUUAUUUCGACUCCAAAGAUACAGUCUGUAAAAAUAAGAGAGACGCUGUUUGCGGCAAACGUUUAUUCAAUCAAGAUCGCGUAUCCAUGCAUUAUAGAAUGUUUGAUGAGAAGAAUUCGUUGCAGUCUCUAAACAAAGAGAAUAACGAUGACCAUGGAAUACAUGACAAUUCCUUGUCUAAACACAUCUAUAAUUUUGAUGAUAAAACAACGACUGAUAAAACAACGACUGAAAAUCCAUUAGACCCAUCUAAAUGCAUUGGUACCUGCCCUGAAAUAGAUCCUCCGAAAGCAGUGUUACUUCCUAAUGAAGAUUGCAAAAAGUUUUGUAUGUGCAGCAAUGGUAUUGCGUGGGUUCAACCUUGUCCUGAACCUCUUUAUUUCGACUCCAAAGAUACAGUCUGUAAAAAUAAGAGAGACGCUGUUUGCGGCAAACGUUUAUUCAAUCAAGAUCGCGUAUCCAUGCAUUAUAGAAUGUUUGAUGAGAAGAAUUCGUUGCAGUCUCUAAACAAAGAGAAUAACGAUGACCAUGGAAUACAUGACAAUUCCUUGUCUAAACACAUCUAUAAUUUUGAUGAUAAAACAACGACUGAAAAUCCAUUAGACCCAUCUAAAUGCAUUGGUACCUGCCCUGAAAUAGAUCCUCCGAAAGCAGUGUUACUUCCUAAUGAAGAUUGCAAAAAGUUUUGUAUGUGCAGCAACGGUAUUGCGUGGGUUCAACCUUGUCCUGAACCUCUUUAUUUCGACUCCAAAGAUACAGUCUGUAAAAAUAAGAGAGACGCUGUUUGCGGCAAACGUUUAUUCAAUCAAGAUCGCGUAUCUAUGUAUCAUAGAAUUUUCGAUGAAAAGAAUUCGUUGCAGACUCUGAAAAAAGAGAAUAACGAUGACCAAGGGAUACAUGACAAUUUCUUGUCUAAACACAUCUAUAAUUUUGAUGAUAAAACAACGACUGAAAAUCCAUUAGACCCGUCUAAAUGCAUUGGUACCUGUCCUGAAGAGGAUCCCGAUUAUGCAGUGUUACUUCCAAAUGAAGAUUGCAAAAAAUUUUGUAUGUGCAGCAACGGUAUUGCGUGGGUUCAACCUUGUCCUGAACCUCUUUAUUUCGACUCCAAAGAUAAAGUUUGUAAAAAUAAGAGAGACGCUGUUUGCGGCAAACGUUCAUUCAAUUAAGAUCGUGCUUUUAUGAUUCAUAAAAUGAUAGAAAAAGAUAUUUCGAUGGAACUUCUAAAUGAAUAGCAUAGAAAAUGUAUGCGAAGAAGCUUUUAGUUUAAACUAAUUGAUUUUGGUCAAUUUCUUAAAUAUUCAAAAUUUAAAAAUUAUUAUUGCAUUUGCUUAUCAACAUGUAAUCUUGUAUCG